AUGGAGAGGGGCGGCAGCGGCGGUGGCGGCGUGCCGCCAGCAGAGCGGGAGCCCAAACGGGAGCGGCCACGGCGAUCGCCCUCGCCGCCUGGCAGGGAGUGCGAGCGGGGCAGGGAGCGGGAGGAGUCGCGGCGCUCGCCGCCUAGGAGGCGGCGCGACUCUCGGGAGCGCUCUGGCAGAGAGGACUGGGGCGAUAGGCGUGGGCGGGAGCGCGACACGGCUCGCCAGCGAGACGCCGAUGACCGGCGGCGCGGCCCGCCAGAGCAGGACCGCAGCCGGCGGCCGCGCUCGCGGUCCCGCUCCCCUAGGGAUGGCGCCAGCAGGCGGCAGGCAGUGCGCUCGUCUGCUGGCGGCAGCAGCAGUGCCCCGCCCAGCAGCAUCCCAGCGGUGUCUGUGGUGGCGGCAGCGCAGGUGGCGGCCGCGGCGCUGGCAGGCGGCGGCAGCAGCGGCGGCGCGGCCUCCGGCAGCGGCCUGUCUGUUGAUCAGAAGAGGAAGCUUCUGUGGGGAGGCAAGAAGAAGGAGGCAACAAUUGUAGGGGCUGGAGUGGCGGCGGGUCCAGCCGGCGGCGAAGCCGGGGCAGCGGCGGCUGGGGCAUCCGUGGCAGCGCGUGGGGUGGCUGCCGGGCCUGCGGCGCCGCCCUCUGCCGUGGUGUUUGGUCGCAACCGCUGGGACCAGGCUGAGUUUGGCAGCGAGCAGGAGAAGCUGAAGUUCAUCAAGCUCAUGGGUGGCAAGGCGGCAGCGGAGACGCUGCAGCAGACUGGCGGCAGCCCUGCGGCUGCUCAGCCCGUGUACGGCCCUGCCCUGCCGGGACAGGCGGAGGCAGUCGGGGCAGAGCCAGGGGCUGCAGCGGCGGCGGGCGAGGAGGCAGCAGCGCCGUCGAUUAUGAAGCGUGAGGGUCAGGCGCAGGUCCUGCGUGACCUGGAGCGAGGGUACCAAGAAGGUUUGCGCCGCCAGAUGCAGUCUGGCAGGACGGUUGGCCUGGGGCUGUGA